AUGGUCAAACAAAACAAGCAAACCGCAUCAUCAUCGGCGGAUGCAUUGAGCACUGGUCUCGCCGGGCGAAGCGUGAAUGAUGCUGCUCGUGCUGCUGAUGCUGCUCGUGCUCUUGCUGCUGCUCGUGCUGCUGCUUAUGCUCGUCGUGAUGCUGCUGCUCCUGUACCUGCUCGUGGUGCUGCUCGUGCUCCUCCUGCUGCUCGUGUUGCUGCUUUUGGUCGUGCUCCUCCUGUUGGUGUUGAAGCGACCUCGAGUUCUGCUCCUGCUCCAGAUGCUGCUCCCAUUGCGCAAAGCGGCGGCCGAGAGCAGACGUCGAGGCAACUACAGCCAGCGACUCUGUAA